AGACGCAGCUGGCAUCAUCAUCAUCCAGUAACUUUUUAUCCCCCCUCCUCUGGGCAUAUUUGAAGACGCGCUGGACUGAAAAGGUACCCGGACAAGGUUGGACGGACAGCCAUAGCGUCCUUGGAACCUGCUGGAAGGAUGUGAUUGCCUUCCGCUUUAAGUUCUGCCCACAAAAGAAGAUGGGAGUAUUCUGUUUUUGGGACAAGAUUUGAUCCGCAGUCCUGGAAAGAAAAAAAAAAAGCAGGCUUAUGCAACUUACUAAAACAAAAACUGUAAAAGGAGGAAAAUGAACAACUAAAGGAAUGCAUCUUUUCUGCAUUAAUGUCUACAUCUCUGAGGACAACACGCAAGUCCUUUGGAAAAAUGCUACCAGACGUCUGUGGACCUAAAAAGUUUUGCACCGUCCUCCCCUGCUGCCUCCUCCUCCUCUGCAUCUGAGAAUCCAGACUCCUGUGGAAGAGGCGCAAAGGAACCCCGCUCCCAUCUGGCCAACAAUCUUCCCAGAGCCUUUGGAGCACAUUUCCAGAAAUGCCAGACGCAGAAUCGACAACCCUCCACGUUGUUCGUAUAAACCGAGCAACAUAAAGGGGAUAAAAAAAAAAAAAAAACCAAAAGGCGCGCUCUCGGUGAAGCUCGGCAUCAGCACUUGUGCAUCCGAAGCGCGUCCCCGCCCCGGUAGAGGCUGCCCGAGAUCCCGGGAAGAGGAGUUGGAGCUGUGCGAGUUAAAGUUGGGCUAUAAAGGGGGGGCCGAAGGAUGCUGCAGAGGAAUCUACCAUCUAAUUAACGUAGCCUAUGCGGAGAAACGUCUUUCUAAGUGAAGGAUGACUUGCAAAAUACUGAGCAUAUGCUUCUUGUUUUUGGGUUUUCAACAUUGCUCAUCACGAGAAUGCGUUGAUCCUCUCAUCUCUGGGCUCUACGCCUCCUCAUUCCUGGCCUCUUCGAGAUAUAACUUUCUGUACUCCGCCAACUUUGCCAAACUUUAUGGCAGCAGCGGCUGGUCCCCAUCCCCCAGAGACAGACAGCCGUGGCUGCAGGUUGAUCUGGGCAGAAAGUACCGAUUGGUGGCGAUUGCAACCCAGGGGACCUUUAAUUCUUAUGACUGGGUUUCCAAAUACACUCUUCUCUAUGGAGACAGACCGGACUCCUGGACACCGUACAUCAUGAAAGGAGGAAACUCUACCCUGCCUGGUAACUGGAAUUAUUAUCAAAUAAAGAGGAAUGUCUUCCAUUAUGCUUUUACGGCUAAACACAUUCGUCUGCUUCCCCUGGAGUGGAACACAGAGAACGGAGGAAAGAUCGGUGUGAGGCUGGAGCUCUACGGCUGCUCUUAUGAUUCCUAUGUGCUGCAAUACAACGGAGAUGACGCGGUGGUCUACACGUAUCCAGGAAAGAGGUCACGCACUCUGCAGGACCACAUCGCCAUAAACUUUAAGACUCUGGAGCAGGACGGUCUGCUGUUACACAGCGAGGGGAUUCAAGGAGACCUCUUCACCCUGGAGCUGAAGAAAGGCCGUCUUUAUCUGCACAUUAGUCUAGGAAGUAGCGUUAUACACAAGGUCGAUGGCCGAAUCACUCUGACUGCAGGAAGCCUCCUUGAUAAUCUGCACUGGCACUAUGUCACGAUCAAGCGCUACGGUCGGCAGGUGAACUUCACAGUGGACAGUCAGACAGUGACGGCGGUCUGUAAGGGGGAAUUUACUCACCUGGAUCUGGAUAAUCAGAUGUACGUUGGAGGAGUAAUAGAGCCCAACGUACCUCACCUUCCUACCACACCCAAUUUCCGUGGGUGCCUGGAAAAUGUCUUUAUCAACGGCAUCAACAUUAUUGACAAGGCCAAGAGAGAGGACACUGAUAUCCGCAUCCCUCGAAAGAAAAAGAUGCAUUUCGCCUGCCGCGACAUUCUGCUCAGACCAAUGACGUUUGCCGGACCCAACAACUUCUUGCAAGUCCCUGGGUUCUUCGGAAGGCCGAAGCUCUUUGUCAAGUUUAAGUUUCGCUCCUGGGACUACACUGGGCUGCUGAUGUUCACGCGCUUCGCCGACAACCUGGGUGCCCUCGAGCUAGGUCUGAGCGAGGGUCAGAUCAACGUCACCAUCUUCCAGACGGGAAAGAAGAAAAUUCAGUUUGGCGCAGGGUACAGGCUCAAUGACGGUUACUGGCACACUGUGGAUUUGGCAGCCAGAGACAACCUUCUGACCCUCACCAUUGACGAGGAGGAAGGCUCACCGCUGAAGAUCACCAACCCCUUCAACAUCCGGACAGGAGAUCGCUACUUUUUCGGGGGUUGUCCGAAAACCAACAACACAUUGUUCAAGUGUGAGACCAAACUGAACCGUUUCCACGGCUGCAUGCAGCAUAUCUUUAUAGACAACGAACAGCUUGACAUCGACAUUACUCUUCAGCGACAGUGGGCUCGAUACGAGGAGCUGUUGAUAGGGACGUGUGGGAUCACUGACAGAUGUACUCCAAACCCAUGUGAACAUGAGGGCAGAUGCAUCCAGUCCUGGGAUGACUUCAUCUGCAUUUGUGAAAAUACAGGCUACAAAGGAGAAGUGUGUCACAUGUCGGUUUACAAAGAGUCAUGUGAGGCCUACAGACUCAGCGGCAAGUACUGGUCUGGAAACUACACCAUCGAUCCUGAUCUCAGUGGGCCGUUAAAACCGUUCGAGGUGUACUGCAAAAUGAAGUCAUAUAAAGCUUGGACGGUGAUUAUGCAUGAUCGGGCGGAAGGUACCAGAGUGAUCGGAAGCUCAAUAGACAGACCGUAUAUCGGAGAUGUGAACUACUGGAAUGCUUCCUGGGAUGAAGUCAGCGCUCUUGCCAACACAUCCAUGUACUGUGAGCAGUGGAUCGACUAUUCCUGCUAUAAGUCUCGCCUCCUCAACACCCCCAGUGGAAGGCCUUUUGGUUACUGGAUUGGUCGCAAUAACGAGACUCACUACUACUGGGGUGGGACGUACAGAGAAGUGCAAAAAUGUGGCUGUGCCAUCAACCAAACCUGUGUUGACCCGAAGUUUCAGUGCAACUGUGAUGCUGACUAUAGGCAAUGGUACUCGGAUAAAGGCUAUUUGGACUUCAGAGACCACCUGCCUGUGAGGAAGGUAGUGAUCGGGGACACCAACAGAACUGGUUCGGAAGCACAUUUCACAGUUGGGCCUCUCCGGUGCCAUGGCGACAGAAAUAUUUGGAACACAAUAGCCUUCACGAAGCCCACCUACAUCACCUUCCCCACGUUCAGGCCUGGAUCGAGUGCUGACAUCUCGUUCCACUUUAAAACCUACCGUGCACCGGGCGUCUUCUUGGAGAACUCUGACGACCAGCUCAGAAACUUCAUAAGAAUCGAACUGAACACCACCCACAACCUCGUGUUUGUGUUUAUGGUUGGAGAUGGCAUCCUUAAUGUGACCCUUCGCUCGCCUGUGCCGCUCAACGACAACGAGUGGCAUUUUGUUCAGGCUGAGAUUAACGUGAAGCUGGCUCGGAUCAAGGUCGAUUAUCAGCCUUGGGCUGUCAGGCGGUUUCCAGGUCAGACCUUUGUCACCAUGCAGUUCACACAUCCCAUCCUCGUAGGUGCAGCCAACCGCACCCUCAGACCUUUCCUGGGUUGCCUUCGAGGGUUACGUUUGAAUGGCGUCCCUCUUGAUUUAGAAGGAAAGGUAAAUGAAGAACAAGGUAUCAGGAGGAACUGCACCGGACAGUGUCUUAAUGCAACCAUACCAUGUCGAAACAGUGGCCAGUGCAUUGAGGGAUAUGCUUCCUACACAUGUGAUUGUAACAACACAGCCUUCGACGGUUUUUACUGCCACAAAGACAUUGGAGCUCACUUUGAGAUCGGGUCUUGGCUGAGGUACAACAUACGAAAGAAGCCCAUUUCGGAUGAGGCAGCGUGGGCAAACUGGAUCGACCCGCACUACGACAAUUUCAGUCUGGGCUACAACGACACGGCGGACGACAUAGAGUUCAGUUUCAGCACCGUUCACACACCGGCUGUGCUACUCUAUAUCAGUUCCUUUGUUCAAGACUACAUUGCCGUCAUCCUCAAGACUGACGGUAGCGUAGACCUGAGGUACAAGCUGGGGCUCAUAACACACAAGUACCAGCUGACUCACCGAAACCUGGCAGAUGGAUACCCUCACUAUGUGAACAUAACCAGACACAACAGAACCAUCAAAACACAGGUGGAUUACAUGGAACCCAUUGUGGAAAAGAUAACCCUAGUGGAGGAUGCUAGGUUUGACUCUCCAAAGUCCAUGUUCCUUGGCCGGGUUAUGGAGGUUGGUGACAUUGACUAUGAAAUCCAAAGGCACAAUGCUCCAGGCUUCAUCGGAUGCAUUUCUGGUGUGAGGUACAACGUCUACGCCCCUCUGAAGGCUUUCUUCCGUCCGAACGAAACAGAUCCUCCUGUAACAACUCAAGGUUAUGUCUCUGAGUCCAACUGUGGGGCCUUCCCUCCUAUUCUGGGUUAUGUGCCUUGGGAGGUGGAUCCCUGGUUCACGGGCAUAGAAUAUUUCUAUAUCCACGAUGAUCUUGGCCUGUUCUGGAUAGCCGUUAUUGCCAUCCUGGCCUUGCUGCUGCUCCUAGGAGGUCUGUACGCCAUCUACGUCUAUGCCUACCAGCAAAAGGGCAGUUACCACACCAACGAACCCAAAUACCUGGAGUCUCCGAGCAGCUCCAGGCCACUGACCGACACCCUGAGGAGAGAAAAGAAGCACCUACCUGAAAUUGAAGAGGAAUUCAGAAGUGGCUAACGUCACCGGACCUUUGGGACAGUGGGCGGGGGGGUUGGUAUGGGUUUGGAUAGAGGGAACUAGCACUUAAAAAAAACCACAGUAACCUGUAGUAAGUUUUCUAAUUGUUUGGUUUUCUUUUUUUUUCUUUUUUUUUAUGUUUAGUUUUGUGUUUUGUUCGACGGAUGAGCGUCAAAAACACACCUGGUGCUCUGUUUUACACAGUCCUUGUUUUAGUAAGUUCAAAGCUGAAAUCAAGCCCCAUGUUGCAUGAGUAGCCAACAAGUCCCACGCUGUAUUGCAGGGUGAAAUACUGAAGUGCCUCAUCUGAGCAAGCUUAAUCUGAACGCGUACUAUUUUCACCAGAGAGACACUGUGGGUAAAAAGGGAAUUUUAAGGGAUCUAUCUCAGCUUUUAUCGAUUGAUUUCCUUUUCUGAGCCAUUUAUGAGACAGACGAAAUUCAUCAGUAGAUGUCAAUAUAGAAUGAUUGUCAUUUGAAUGAUACCUUCUAUGGACAAUCUCAGACGACAAACUAGUACUAGUAAACGAUUCUGGAUUUUGACCGUGCACAUAUAUGACUGCUGGGGAGCUGCAUUCAAAUCCAAGUAAGGAAACUGGUGAUUAUGGUCUUAAUCCAGAACAAAGAUUGUAAAAGAUAUAUCUGCUUAUACUUGUUGUAUUACAGCCUAUAACAGUGCAUUGCCUACACAGAAUGGCACUUGUAAGUGGUUCAGAUUUGCCAUAGCGUUGCUAGAUCGCUGCUUUGUCGAGUAGCCAGCUCAGAUUCACAACACAUAGUGAUGUGGAGUGAGAAUUUGAAGAAACAGUACCUCAGACCGCGGGAGCUUGUGAAUUGUUGGUGUAAAGCAGGAGCAAAGGUGGGGACAAAAAUGCUUUUUGGGGACGGCGUGACCUAAAGUUUCCAUUCCUUCUGUCCCAACUUCCGGUCACUUUUGCUUUGGUGAAGCUGUCGGCAGCUUGGUGCUACAGAGCGCACAGCAGACAUCUCUACUGACAGAAUUAUUCAUAUUAAAAGGAAUAUAAAACAAGUCAGUCCUCCCACGAUCCCUCCAUGUUUAGGAAUAGACUAAUUUCAGGGAACAGCUGCUCUCUAUGGCCAUAUUGAGAACUAUACACCAUAGAAAACACACACAAA